CCGGCCCCGACCUCUCUGACCUUUCAGACGGGCCGACCGACGACGACGGAAUAAUAAUAAUAAUAAAGUUCGGUUCGUUUGAUUUUCCCUUUUCUCGCGGCUUCUAAUUUUUCUCCCUGUCCAAGUAAACUCGCUGAAAGAAGAGAAGCAAAAUACCCACACCACAUUGCAGAGUUCUCGCCCGACCCGCUUCUCUCUCCCUUUUCCUCGGAAUCCUUCCGCUGACUCCCUACGCCCUUUCCCCCAUAUUUACUUUGAUUCCCUCUCCUUCGGCAUCCCAACGCUCACCGCCGAACAAGGUAAAAUUUCAUCUCCUGGCGAUCGAGAUCCGCUGUUUGCUCAGCUGGACGCUUGAUUGUAUCUUUUCCCUUUCUUCUUCUCUUGAUUUGAUUUGGUUUCCGCCGGUGGGUACUUUUUGUUGGUCGAGAUUGAGAUGGAGUGAAUGAAUGAAUGAAUGAAUUGACUGCUGGGUUGUGUUUGUUAAUGGCUGUUGCUGUCUCAGGUGUGAUAUUUUUGAGUGAAUUUGGAGCUUUUCAGAGGAAAGCCAGCCAUGGUGCUGUUUAGAUGCCUCUCCCGUCUUUCCACUCUCCGUUCCCGCACUGUUCAACAGCCUAAUAAUCUCGGCUCCGUUAGAUGGCUUCAAAUGCAGACUUCAACCGAUCUCGACCUGCACUCCCAGUUGAAAGAGUUGAUCCCAGAACAACAGGAGCGCCUUAAAAAAAUUAGAUCGGAUUACGGAAAAGUUCAACUAGGAAACAUCACCACUGACAUGGUAAUUGGUGGGAUGAGAGGAAUGGUUGGAUUGCUAUGGGAGACCUCACUGCUAGAUCCGGAAGAGGGAAUUCGCUUUAGAGGUCUCUCAAUUCCAGAGUGCCAAAAGGUGUUACCGGCUGCACAGCCUAAUGGAGAACCAUUGCCUGAGGGUCUUCUUUGGCUUCUUCUAACUGGAAAGGUGCCAAGCAAGGAGCAAGUUAAUGCGCUAUCAAAGGAAUUGCGAGAUCGUGCUACUGUCCCAGAUUAUGCAUUUAAGGCUAUUGAUGCUCUCCCUGUCUCAGCUCAUCCAAUGACUCAGUUUACAACUGGUGUCAUGGCCCUUCAGGUCCAAAGCGAGUUUCAGAAAGCAUAUGACCAGGGUAUUCACAAAUCGAAGUACUGGGAGCCUACAUUUGAAGAUUCUCUUAAUCUGAUUGCUCGUCUUCCAGCUGUGGCUGCUUAUGUCUAUCGAAGGAUAUUCAAGGAUGGAAAGAUCAUACCCCUGGACGAAUCUCUAGAUUAUGGUGCAAAUUUCUCGCAUAUGUUGGGAUUUGAUGAUCCCAAAAUGCAUGAGCUUAUGAGGCUUUAUGUUACGAUCCAUAGUGACCAUGAAGGUGGUAAUGUUAGUGCACACACAGGCCAUCUGGUUGCCAGUGCACUUUCUGAUCCUUACCUUUCAUUUGCUGCUGCAUUAAACGGUUUAGCUGGACCCCUUCAUGGCUUGGCAAAUCAGGAAGUUCUGCUAUGGAUCAAAUCUGUUGUGGAGGAGUGCGGUGAAAAUAUAAGUAAAGACCAAUUAAAAGAUUACGUCUGGAAGACUUUGAACAGUGGAAAGGUGGUUCCUGGAUUUGGGCAUGGAGUCCUGCGAAAAACCGAUCCUAGAUACAUGUGCCAGAGAGAGUUUGCAUUGAAGCAUUUGCCCAAUGACCCACUCUUCCAGCUGGUUUCUAAGCUCUACGAUGUCGUACCUCCAAUUCUUACUGAGCUGGGCAAGGUUAAGAACCCGUGGCCUAAUGUCGAUGCCCACAGUGGAGUAUUGUUGAACUACUACGGUCUAACAGAAGCCAGGUACUACACCGUUCUGUUUGGUGUCUCGAGGAGUAUCGGAAUCUGCUCUCAGCUGAUAUGGGACCGAGCUCUCGGGUUGCCCCUCGAGAGGCCGAAGAGUGUCACGAUGGAGUGGCUUGAAAACCACUGCAAGAAAGCUGCCGCAGCCUGAUCCUUGUGAGACUUGUAAAUCGUAAUGGUUGUCCACGACAGUAGGCUAUAGAACACACGGUUGGUCGCCGGUGAUGGUGUGUAGUGAAAACCAGGGCUGGUUGGAUAUUUUCGUGCUCUCAGUAUUUGAUUCACAUUAUUGUUUCCUUGCCAUCAAGGGGGUUUUUGCUGUCAAUAAAUCUGUAUUCCUUUUCCAGUUUUUUUUGUGAAGAGUGUAGAAACCUAGAGCAUAACCACUUCCGGCGUGUGCCCCCUUUUGAAUAAACAAGUUAAAGGUAGCUCAAGUUUUAUAGCCUGGUUAGAUCUUUUUGCUUAAUGUUAUGUUCUUAAAAAUAAGUUGCAGAAGCAGUAAAUCUUCUGCAGAUGGUAGUUACUUUUCUCUUUGGUGAUAAUUUGGCUGUGUUAGUUUUGGCUUUUACGGGGAAAUAAGAGUGGAAAAAAUAUAAUAUUCGAGGAUAUUCAAUAAAAUUGCAACAAAGAG